UAUAAAUAGAAUUAUUUUUGUUUGAACUGUUUUUUCUAGAUAUUUAAAAGGAGUCCAUUCGCUACACUCAUUAGAGAGAUUUUAUGUAAACCUGUGGUUUUCCCUUACGAGUUUGUGGACAAAAAACCGCAGACGCCAUUUUCAUGAUCGUAAUAGUAUGGCGUAGAAUGUUAUGUCUGUGACUGGGAUCCAUGUUUACGUUCAGUGAUGUGUGGAUUUUCUGACUUGGAUGGAGUUUAAACCGUUGUAUGGGAUACUCCCGUGUGAGCACUUUGCAGCUAUACUUGAGUGUCAGCUGUAAACAAUGCUAAUAUUUGAUAGAACAACAAGGAAGACAUGAAUCGAGAUGGAUCUGGUGUGUUGCAUUCAGAGCAUGAGUCCAGUGACACAAACACAAGUUCACUCAAUAACAGUUUGAGUGAAGAAGAGUUUUCUAUUGAGAGCUCAAAUCUUGACAGUGGUGGCUUAAAAUUGACCAUCUCAUGUCGCCGAAAAAGUUGUGAUAAUGAAGUGGACGAUUUCAGAGCCGUCAUGAGUCACUUGCCGCUUCAUAGCUCAGAUGAAUCAUCUAAGGACUGCAUGGAAAAAGAUUGUCAGGAACCACGAACGGGCGAAAAAUAUCUUCAAUCAACACCGCAGGUUGACGUGAACAGUUCAGAUGUGGAAAUACGACCAGAGGGAUAUGCAUGUACUGAUGAUUUACCUUCGAAUAAUGCCAUUGUGAAUUCUUCAGUUGGUAAGCUGUCAUCGGAGAGUGGCCAUACGAAAAAGCUUUCAAGCAGCGAUGUACAACCAGUGAGUGUUGUGGAAAGCUCCAACAUUAACUGUGAGCCUGUGUGCAUCUCAGAUGUUCCUCAGAAUACUAUUGAGGAAUUUCAGUCAAAAGAGUUUUCUUUGCCUCUUGAAUCAGAGGUGACAAAGCCACAGGAGAAUGUUAAAGUAACCAAACGUGGAAAAGUUUUGAACCAUCCACAUGUGCCUCAAUCGCAGGAUGUUCAAGACAAUUUGCUCAGAUUAGAUACUUUGCCAAACGUUUCCCCAGACAGUGGCAUCAUUUCACUGGAUGAAUCCCCUUUUGGAAACGAAUCUCCAAAUUCUGGAGCAAAUGGAGAGACAAGUGUUGAUAGUCAUCAUGGAACUCUCCCUUCCAGUGUGGCAUCAGCAAGUCAACAGUCUGACAAAAAGAGGGAUCCGCUGGAUAACACGGACCCCCUCUCUCAUCAGCUGUCAGAGCAGCUCAAUAAAAAAGAAACCCAUAUGGAAGUCGGAACUGUGUACUCACACAGUGAUGAAACUGUACAUGACAGCAGAAGACCUAGCAAAGAAAGCAACUCAUUGAAUGCUGCAUUGCCAUAUCCACCUCAGAGUGGGACCACGCAAACAGCUGAAACAGUGUGUGCCAUAUCUAGCGUAACUAACAAUGCCUCUGACACAUCAAGCAGGGUCUCACCCCUGCCUUGUGCAAGUGGCAUCAUCGUCUCAUCUCCACACAAAAUAAAUCAAACUUCUGGCAGGAAGAAGAGAGGAAGACCUCCCAAGACAAAGAAGACCUUAUUAUUGAAACACAAGAAGAGUAUGUUAUACAGUAGUGUUUUUGAUCGAGAGGCACCACCCUGUGAUACUAUUGAAACAGAUACAGCAGGUGAAAGGGAAGAAAAGAAAGGCAGCAUUAGGAAUGAUAGUGUGGAUGUGAUUAUGUGUAGGGAUGUUCGAAGUUCUGAUGCUUGCUUUGAGCCAGUAAAGAUUGGAACUGGAAGAAGUGCUGAUAAGGUUGCUCCACUCAGCGGCAAGAGAAGAGUUCUUGGAAGGCCAAAAGGAUCACUAGGUAAAAAGAAAAUUGCUGUUCUUGGAAAAGAAACCUUCCCUCAUAAAAUUGUUGAGAAUAAAGAUAAAAGUGCAGGUCAAAUUAAGCGCCCAAGGGGACGACCGAGGAAAAACCCUGUUCCUGUUCAAGAUUUUGCUGUAGGUGAUAUUUCUGUGCCUGUUGCGCCCAUGAAAGUGAAACCCAAGAUGAAACGAAAAUGUGGACGUAAAAAGUUCUUUACUCAAAGGAAAAAGAGAACUGUGCCAGUACAAAGUCAGCAGGAAGCAGUACCCUUGGUUAAAGAAGGUAAUACCUUGAAGAAGUCACCUUAUAAAAAAGCUAAACUUUCUCAAGUUGGUUCAACACAGGCUGCAUUGUCUUCAUCUUCAAGAAUCUCAAAAGAUCUGUCUGUGAAUACAGAAUCAAGUGAAAAGGUUAGAGAACUUCCUGAGAAAUCGUUGUUUCAAGAUAAAGAUAAAGACUUUGAUGCUUUGCUAAAGAGUGUUAAGUCAUCGAUUGACAGUCAGUUCCCUUCAGAGGAAGAAAAUCAUGAAGUUGUGUCAAGCCUCUCUUUUGAUAAUCCUUUCAAAGUUGCGCAUCCGCCCCCGUUUCCUAAAGUGCCUCAGCCUGCACUUGGGAAACCUGUAAAGACUAAAGCCAAGAGACCCAAGUUACACGUCAUGAUGAGGAGGACCAAACGAAAGAAAAAGAAGAAGCCUCUGGUUAGCAAACCUCCCUCAGAGCCUGCCCCUCCUCUAAAAAAGUUGGGUAUGUUCAGUACUGUUUCUCCUCAAAGAAGAUUUGGGAAAUUUAGUUCUGCUCCACCUGAGAAAAGUGUGGGGAUGUUUGGUUCAGGAACGUCCCAGAAAAGACUGUCUUUCUUCACGUCACGCGUUCAGCCCUCCAAGAUUCUUGCGUCAAGUCGCCUCAAUGUUUUCCGCUUAGGCACUGGUGUGGAAACCCAGCACAGGUCAACUGACAUGGAACACUCUGAUGGUUCUGAUAGGAAAGGAAGAAAGAGACACCGUCUUCUAUACCGCAAGUCAAAGCAUAAGAACAUCAUUGACCCAGUUUUUGCUGCUGAGCUGGACAUGUUAAUUAAAGGACUUGGACAUAUGGCAGUAUCAGAAAACCAGGCUGAUAAUUUCAUAAGAGUUCGUCCUGGUGAAAUGCCCCUACCAUCAAUAUUUAGAGUCAUUAGGAUAGAUGUCAAUAGAAAACCUAAAGAGCGUCCACUCCAAUUGGAUACGGUUAAUAUGGAUAAAUCUAAACUUUUAAAAACAAGAAAAGAGACUCCAUCACCGUAUGAUGUACCUUCAUCUACUGCUUUCAAGCCGAUAGGGAGUAAUAGGAGUAUUAGAAAGAAAAGUUCAUCUGAUGUUGCUCCCGAGCAGCAAGAUAGUUCUUACAUCAGUGACUCCAGUGACCAAUGGUUGCCACCUAAGAAAAGACAUCGCCUUGUGAACAUUGAUGCAACACAGGCACUGCCAAAGCCAUCACUGCUGCAAAACAGCUCUUCUGCAGUUGAAAAGAUAGAGGAACAAACUGCAGCAAACAGACGGAGGGCUAGAAAAUCCAAAAAGUUUGGGCUGGAGGGCAGUAAGCAAGGUGACAAGAUGGCUCCCAAGGGCCUUGGCCAACAGUUUGUAGGCCAGGAGCUGACCAUUGACACCAGCAGCUACACUACAGGCGGUUCCACCAACUACACACCUUCGCCUUCGUCCUGUCCCAGUCGACUCUCUACCCGCAGCUCUACGUUGCAAUCACUGUCAUCCCCGUCCCCGACAGGCUCCUCAGUGGCUGGCAGGAGGCACCAGUCGAGGAGCUCAUGUGUAUUGACUUGUCCAGUUCAUUCAAUGUCCUCCUCUGUGGAAGACAAAUUGACUUGUGUUGAAUGUCAGCUUCUGGAGCAAUCUCUCUCACCCGGUGUUUGCCGUUCGCGACCGAAUUCAUCGGCACAGUUACACAGCGGUUCCAGCAUUCCCUGUGACCGCUUGGUCAGUAGCUGUGAACCCAGUCCAGUGCAAAAGACUUCUCAGUCUGCCAUAGAGAAAUCAAAUACAAGGGGCUCACGGAAACGACGAAAAUCAUCCAAUCUCUCAGGAUAUGAUUCAGACUCAUCGCCUCCCCGACUGGAGAAAACCACAGCACUCUCACCCCAUCUGUAUCAAGACAAUGAAGUAUUCUCAGAGCCCCCAGAGAUCACAAACUCUCCAUCUAAGACCUGCUUGUCACCAAGAAAGCUGGCAACUCGCAAUUCUCUUUCAUGUGCUGAAUCUAUUGCAAGUCCUCACUCUUUGAGGAACAAAGACGUUGUUUCACCUAAGAGGAUUCUAAGACCUUCAUCGUUCCCUCUGAAGUCAAGGACUGGGUCUAUCUCAUGUAAAACCAAACUGUGCAAUAAUCGGAGUAGCUCUGGUGCGAACAAGUCAGCAACUGGGAGCUCUUUGUUGUCGGAAUAUGAGCCAUUGCCGCUUGACCACUGCACCAAACGCAAACUGGUGGAAGAAAUCAAAGCUGCUAUUGCAAGUGAAAGCUCGGAAAGCAGCUCGUCCAGUGAUGAGGAUGAUAAUAUUGUUGUUGAUCCGUCCCAGCCUUCAUCCGGACAACCCCCACGCAAGCGAUUCCAGCGAGUUGGGCUGUUCUCUGAUUUCUACAAAGAUGAAGAGCCAAGGAAGCGUUGUGAAAACAUGGUGAAGUGCCGUGACAAGCUGGUCUAUAUCAAGGAAGAGCAUGAGUUUGGCCUCAUGCCCCAGCCAGUGCACAUUGGCAGCUUCUACAUGAUGCAAGUCUGGGACUUCCAGCUGCCAUAUGACAUUUGGUGGCAACACCAAAACCAAAUGUUACCAAAGAAACCUGAGAUGAAAACAAAAUUCCGCAACAUAAGAACAAAUGUGUAUUCAGAUAGCAAAGUGAGCAACAGGAAAUCUGAGGUUCCGUUGUGCAACUGUAAACCCCCACCGGCAGGUGGUAAAGGAUGUCUUGAUGACUGCCUAAAUAGGAUGAUCUACACAGAGUGCUCCCCUGCCAUGUGUCCCAUGGGGGAGAACUGUGGCAAUCAGAAGAUCCAGAAACAUGAGUGGGCUCCAGGCUUAGAGAAGUUCUUAACAAAGGACAGAGGUUUUGGAGUGAGGACAAACUAUGCCAUCAAAAGCAGCCAGUUUAUCCUUGAGUAUUUGGGAGAGGUGAUCAGUGAGGUGGAGCUUCGGCGCAGGAUGAUGGAAGAGUACUCUGAGGAGUGCCACCACUACGCACUUCACUUGGACUCUGGUUGUGUCAUUGACGGUUACCGUAUGGGCAACAUUGGACGCUAUGUGAACCACUCCUGCCAGCCCAACUGUGAGAUGCAGAAAUGGAAUGUGAAUGGACUGUAUCGUAUGGUACUGUUUGCCCUGAGGGACAUUGAGGCUGGGGAAGAGCUGAGCUAUGAUUACAACUUCGAUCCCUUUAAUCAAGAGACUCAGCAAGAAUGUCGCUGCAGAAGCACCGAGUGCCGAGGAGUUAUUGGAGGAAAGACUCAGAGAACAAACAGUAUUAUGAAUAAACCUGAGAAAGUCUUGGAAGACUCCAAGGACAAAAGGAAGAACAAAGUGAUGAAUCGCAAAUCCAAAGAUAAGAUGCAGCCCCCUGAAAAUGUUCCUGUCCUGCCUAUGGCAAAACCCAUGACUUUGAAGGAACGCUGUUACGCACGGAAGCACAGGACUUUCCUUGUACGGAAUGUGGACAAAGUUCGCAACCAGCGGCACCCUGGGCAGGACCUGCCUGCUGUUGCCAAGGAGGAGGUCAAUCCCCUGGAUUGUGGCAAUAUUGGUACUCUCUCACCUGAUCUCAUGCUUGCUCAUCUGAAUGAAAGGUCGAUCAAGACUAGGCUUGCUGCUUAUGCCAAGGACACUCCUGAAAUGGCAAGGAGACACAGAUUAGCUCAGAUCAUGGACAAAAUGCUGACAGAGCUUUUGUCUCUGAAAGAUGAUGAUGGAGACAGUCUAGUGACUCCUCUGAUGUCUCUUCCAUCUCGCAAGAAGCAGCCUCAGUAUUACCAGGUAGUCAGAGAACCAAUCGACAUGUCUAUGAUCAAACAGCGAGUGAAGACUGGCUACUAUGAUCACCUCAGCUCCUUCAAUGCAGAUGUCAUGCUGCUCUUCGGCAAUGUGGAGCUUUAUUGUGGGCCCAAGUCUGACCUGGGUCAGAUCAUCCUGAAGUUAAGGCGGAUCUUCAAUUGUGUGAAGCACGACGUGGCACCUCAGAUAGACGAGCUGCUGGGGCCCAACACCACCAAGAUGUGCAUGGACACAGAGUUGGAGAAGCUGGAGCAAGCCUCCUUGCCAGCUGAGCCUGAGGAAGACAUAAUAAGGUGCAUUUGUGGAGUAACAAGAGACGAAGGACUAAUGUUGCAGUGUGAGAAAUGUAUGAGAUGGCAACAUUGUGAUUGUGUCCAGGCCAGUGGAAAAGAAGAACAUUAUUUGUGUGAUCGUUGUGAACCAAGAUAUUAUGAUCCAGAAAUUCUACUGGUGCCACGACCGACUGAUGCCAUGCCUGACUGUACCCACUACAUGACCCUGGUGAAGGAUGAUGUCCAAUAUGCUGUGGGCGACUGUGUCUAUGUAAUGCGGGACUGCAAGCGGACAGCUACGGGAACCCCACUGCGCUCGUCACAUCGGCUGAUGGCCUCUGUGAACCCAGACAAGCUGGAUAUCUUUAGGCUGGAACAGCUCUGGAAAGACCCAAAAGGUGAAAGGUUUGCCAGUGGCACACCAUAUUUGAGGCCGCAAGAAACCUUUCAUGAACCUACAAGAAAGUUUUAUCAUAAUGAGCUGUUUCGCACUCCUAACUUUGAGAUCAUCCCUAUGGACCUAGUGAUGGGAAAAUGUGUAGUGAUGGAUCCAAACACUUUCAGCAAGGGCAGGCCUAAAGGGGUGAAGGAACAGGAUGUCUACAUCUGUGAAUAUCGUGUUGACAAGACAGCACAUCUCUUUCAUAAGAUUCAAAAGAUCUGGUAUCCUAUCAAUACAGGGAAAUUUUGUUUCGAUUGGUUUGAAACAAAAUUGAGCAUAAAACGAACUUAUUCUCCACAUGAAGUUCCAGAAGAAUAUAAGCGCAGGGCAGAGCGCAACAUGGCAGCAGUGAAUCCUUCCAGGAUGGAAAGUUUCAAGUCUGAGGACAAAUUAGAGACUCAGAAGACGGUGAAAACCCAAGCCCUUCUCCACAGCAAGCUCAAGGUGGACGAGAGCAUCAAGAAUGAUCUCAAACUGAAAGCUGAAGUCAAGGUAACAGUUAAAAAAGGCGGAGCCCACAAAGUAGAAGGAGUCCGGCCGGUCAGGGUGCAACUGUGUCAACCCCCUAUGGACCGUGACACUUUGCUGAAGAUACAGCAAGACAAGGUCAAGCAAAAAAAGAAAAACUUGGACAAGAUUAUGCUGAAGCUGUUGAAUAGUGUCCCCGGGAAACAAAGGAUUGAUCUCACAUAUCUUCUUGAUGAAGGGAAGAGAGUCAGGAAAAAACCUGUCAAAUGACAAAAGUUUGUAAUGUACUGAAUAUCGUCGCCUCAGAACUAUUUUGUCCAAAGUGUACUUAUUUAAAGAGGGCACUUUGGACAGAGUGGUUCUGAGGCGACGAUAUGUUGAACUAUGUUGUGCGGUAAAGGUUUGGGAAAAUGAGUGCUAGUAAUCAUGGAAGUUCUUUGUACAUGAACUGAUAUUUCGCGAAGGUUUGAUGAUCACUUUUUGCCAUGGUGUGCGUCCAUUAGCCUCUGACCACCUUGUGUUACCUUUUUUUCUGAUAACCACAGUAGUUCUCUUAGACGGGUGCAAAUAUUUGUACAUAAUACAAUACUGAGUAUGGUGCUGCUUGUGUUUGCAACUACUGACUUUAGGGCACUUGAAUGUUGUAAUUAGGUGCUUGGAAAACAUCCACGAGAGGGCAAUCACUCCUUGAUUUAAUUAUUGAAGAUGCAGAGAAAAGUCGUCCAGCUCACAUUUACUGUUUAUUGGUGCAUAUCAGUAGCAUGUUAUUGCAAGGGAUUUCUGCUUGUGGGCAAGCAACAGUUCACUGCAGCAAAUGUUAGGUUUGAUGAAUUGCAUGUAUUUGGUUCGUUUUGAGUAGCCAUUUGUCUUACAUAGCUUUGAAGGUGAAAGGUGAACAAAGGUGAUGGCAUCUCAUAGUGAUGGGUCAGAUUGUCUUUUUAGAAUUGCAAUAUUUAAGACAUCUCCAGUGUUUGUUGUUUAUGUAUGUCAGCAUUUGGGUCCUCAAUUUAGUGAAUAUAAUUAUUUGCUUUCCUCUCACACUUGCAUAUACAGUCAUGAAAAUCGGUUUCCCCAUGCCAUGUUAUCAUAGGUAACAGCAACGCAAUAGCAACUGAGAUAUAAAAGAAAUUGCGCUUCUUGCGAUGCCUUUAGUAUUUAAGGACACAGUUAAAAAGCUCUGGAUAAAUGUUGAGGUUUGAGUUUAUGAAUAAACUUCACAGUUCCCAAUACACUGUUCACCCAAUAGACCUGAGCGUACACAUGUGUGUGGCUAAUUUUACCCUCAGUUUGUCAAAGGCUCACCUCAGUGUGCAGAGGUGUUUACCUGAGGGGCUCAUAUUCUGAAGGGGGUGGGUGGGAUUAGAAGGAAGGAAUGAUAGGAAAGGAUUCGGUGGGUUAAAGUUUUGAUGAAGCAAUGACAUUUCUUCUCUGAGAUUAUGUUCUACUUACAAGAUUUUGUAUCAUCUUGAGUGUAAGUACCAUAUUUUUAAUUUUAGUGCUGAUAGUCUCAAACAUUGAGGAACAGCUUUCGCAAACUGAUGUCAAAUUGAUCUUUUGAGUGGGCUCUCUAAUCUGUCAGUUUUAUCUGAUAAGUGGUCUGAGAGCUUCUAUGAAAUCUCCUCUUUUUGUGCUAUCUGUGUCAUUCCUGUCUGUCAUCCUUUUCCUAGCUCUGUGUGACCAGGUUGUGUCAGUGUGCCUGUCUUUGAUUCAAAUGAGUAAACAACACUUUUCUUUCCUGUUGUAUUGUGUAAUGUUUUAUUGUAAAUAUGAGCCUCUAGACAAAUGAAAUAUUCUCUUACUUUUUUUUUGUUGGUCUUAGUUUUUCGAUCACAUCGGCAUGAUUUAUUAUUAGGGUGCUUAUGUCAGUUUUAGGUUGGGGCUUCUAGUAUUAAUAAUUAGUGUGACGUCAACGAGAAAUCACUGUCCCUAGGUUCCUUUUGUUCAUAUAAAAAGUCGUACAUUUAAUGUUUGUGUUUGUCUUAAUUGUCGCAGAUUUUUGGAAUUAUUUUUCCAACUGGGGAGUACGUGAGUACGUGUAUCUACAGGUCAAGAUAGCUGAAAUGGGGAAGUUUAUAAUCUGUGGCAUCCCUUAAAGGAUUGUUGCUGAAUUGUAUAGGGUUCUGUUGAAACAUGGCUUUUUCUAUAAUCAAGGCUCUUUACCAAAGACGAGUUGGCUGCUGUAACAAUCACAUUUGUGAACAAUUUUUUCUAACAUGUUGUAGACCUUUUCCAUGCGCAAGAGCCCAAAAUAACCAUGGUCAGUUGCUUCACUCAGUUUGACUAUUUCAAUCUCUUUGUGUGAUUUUUCUUUCUGUGAAAAAUAUUACAAUCAGAUUCAAAUGAUAUUAUGUUUCUGAUGAUAAGAUGUCGUGCUAUUAAAUUUUAACAUCUGUUUUCUCAAAAAGGAACAGAUAAAAAAAUUUCAGCUUAAGUAUAAUGCUCUCAUUUUUUUCUUGAAUGAAUCUGUGCAAGAUUUUGUUUGCGUAUUCUUUAGUUUCUGAGAUAAUGCAAAGAGAAACAAACUCAGUUUUGAAAAAUGGCAACAUGGUUGACAUUAUGACUGAAUGGUUUAUAUUUGACAUGAAUAGUAGAGCAUUUACAAAUAUUUUUUCUUGGUAGAAUAACUGAGUGGUAAAUAUAGUUAGUUAUCUUGUAUUAACAGAACUAUUUUGAGGGUGUUAAUCUUUUGAAAGCAUUUUGAUAAAUUGAGAGGCACAUAAGAUUAUGUUAGAAUUAUAGCUGGACCUUACAAAUAUUAGAACAUUUCUAUAUGUGGUGGAGAUGGAUCAGUAGGUGUGUUAGACAAGAAGCAGUUAUCUAUCUCUAUUUCAGUCAUGGCUCAGUGUAUGGCUGUUUUCUUCUUUCUUAAAUGAAGUCAGGGAGAACCUAGCAUUUAUUUUGUCUUCACUGACCACCUAAUAGCUAGUAAAAAAAGGCAACUGCCUUUUGUUUGAUGAUGAAUAAAUCAGGGCAAAAAUUUGGUAAUUUAAUAUUUUUUAACUAGUUUUCCAAAAGAGGUUCAUCGGAUCAUAGCAUUUAUGCAGUUGCUGUCAUCAAUUUAGCAAUUUCAUUGGAAAAAUGAGUAUCAAACAGUGCACUCAUUGUAUAAGACUGAAAACUCUUAGAACAAUGGUUCACUUCUGCAAUAUUGUAAACGCUUGAGACAAUUGCGUUGUCUCUGUGUCUUGCUUUUUUUUGCUCUUGUAUCUUUAGACUCUGCACUGUCAGAAAAUUAUAUAACAUUAGAUGAAAUUUUCUGCCACCUGUGAAAAAAAGUGUUCCUGACAGUUAUUGUCAUUUUUUGACAUGCAUAAUUAUUCCCUGUAGAUGUGGAUUGACAUUUUUUUUUUCUUCUUUUAUUUUUAGGAGAUAUGAGUGUUCGUUUUUGCUUCAACAAAAUUUUGUGAAAAAAGUUAACAAGUGUUCCAGACUACCGAUACUGUUCUUAUUUUUGCUUUUGCAUAGCAUACAAUUUUAGGAAAUAAUGUGCAGCUUUGUUUUGUAAUGUAGUCGUAACAAUAACUGAUGGCAGACAUGCUAAAAAUGUUGUACGUGGCUGAAAGUUUCAGAUCAAUGUAUUUUCAAGUGUUAGGUAUAUUAUUAUUCCAUAAGCACACGUCCGUAUAUCUGUUUGCAAGUGUUCUAUGUUUUCAGCUGUGUAUUUAUUUUUGGUUCCAAGUGACAAUCACAGCUCAGCUAAUAACUAUUUUUAUUAAAUAAUGCUUUGCUGCUACGGUGUAAGACCUUAUUUUAAGGCCUGGUGUUUGUACUUUGGUGUAAUAUUUAUGGAUAACUUGAUCGACUUGCCAUACACAUGUGGUGUGUUUGUUUAAUUUUGCUGGUUGGGACUGUGAGGUUGCUACUGGUUGCAAGAAAACGUGACAAAGUUUUGUGGUGAACAUUACUUUUCUUUAAAGCUAGGACUCUCAGUUUAUUUGUGGAAAGGAGUACUAGUCUAGGUGUAGGAAUCCUGAUGACUGAAAGCGAUUUGAAGUUUACAAUAAGCUGUAACUUAACAGUUUUAGAAUAGAUCUUUAUGUGGGUCUCUUCCCCUUUUGAUUUCACAGCUGCUGUCAGCACAGUGUUGUCUUUUUGUUGCAAAUAUGGGAAUGAUCUGUUGUUUGCACAUACUCUUGCAUAUGUCAAGUGGAAUACAUUAUAAUGGAAUAGUUUUCUGUAUUACCAUGAUUUCAGCUUCUCGUGGGAUAGCUCAUAUAAAAACAUGAUGUGGACAGAAGUUGCUAGAUCCUGUGAGAUAGUGAAGUUUCAUUUUGUAAACUGAAUGAAAGGUGCACUUCUGCACUAGGCUGAUGUAAACACUUUUUUUUCUUUGUGAAUAUUCACAAUCAAUUUGCUAUUAUGACUUUUUACAUACUGGAGAUUGGCAACCCCCCCAUCCCCCCAAAAAAACCCAAAAAACAAAACUGGUUCCGCCCCUAAAACAAUUAUUAUUCUCAUAUUCAGCAGGUACAUAAAUUGUUUGCUGUGUUUUGGAAAGCAUGGACUUCAGUAACCAAAGACUUACCCUGAAAUUGUAAAUUAUAGUGAUGUUGGAAUGAGAUAUUGUGUUUCUAUAUAAUAAGACAAUAUCAUUUUACACCCUGAACUGGUUGUGCUUUUUUCCCUCGUUCUUCAUUUAUUUUUGCUUGCAUUUUUUCCAACAGUUAUAUGGUUUAAAAACUAAAUGGACAUGCUGAUCCAAACCGGGAUAAUUUAUUUACUCCUAUUUUUGUAUAUGAAGGUAGUAAUUGUACCAUACUUUUCCCGAUAUCGGCAUACCACAUACAAUGGGCUUUCGAUUUAUUUUGGUCAUGUUUUUUUGUUCAGAAGAAAGUUGUUUGAAUUUUGGAGCCUGUUGCUCCCGUGCUUUGGCAUAUCAUUUAGAUUUUUUAAAAAGCAGAAUUACUACUGGUGUAGCAUGGUGAAGCUCUUUACUCCCACCGGUCAGCGUUUAUGCUAUUGAGUGCUAAUGGUGUAGAGUUACUUACCAUUGUAAUAUUUUCUUUGUGUCUGAAUGAUGCACCCUCCUUCUCGUGAUGGUUCAAAGUCUAAUAUCGAAACAGGAGUUGGGUAAAAGAGCUUUGGAAUUUGUAAAAUCCUUCAGGAUGAUGAUGGUACCUUAUAUUCUGAAGUCGAAGAACUUUUCUGUGGUGACAAACUUGUACUUAGAUGAACUUAACAGGUAUUAUGCUUGACAAUUCAGCGUUUUCAAAGGAGGGUAAAAUGAAAUAGCUCACAAGUGCUUGGUUUUCUCUUGGUUGAAAAAUAGUUUUAAAAAAAAUGCUCUUUCAAAUAGUUGUUGUUUGUUCCCUGUCAGCCUUUCUGUCUGCUUUGAUGAAGCUUAUGUCAUGAGUAGACAGAUUUCAAAGAAAGUAUCGAUGGGUAGUUCUAGUAUUUCAGUAAAUUUUGUUGCCUGUGUAUUUAUACGCAUUGUAUAGUGGUCACUAAAGGAAGUCUUGUACUGUUAAAAGACAUUGCGGGUGGAAAAAAAUAUGUUGUAAAAUAAAAAUCUCUUCCAUCAGUUUUAGUAUUCAGUGUAUGGUGUACGUCAAUGGACAAUAAUUGAAAGAAAAAUCUUUUUGUAAAAUUCUAGGAUAUUGUCAUGCACAUGUUAUAUUACGUAUUAGUACACUCAAAGUAAGGAGAAGAGAGAAGGUGGAUAGACUUGUGUGUCUGAAGCAAUCUCAAUGAAUAUUUCUGACAACUUUGAAUAGCACAAUACAAAUCUGUUGCCAAAUGUAUUAGCAGUUAUCUUAAUCAGUAAUUUCUUGGUAACCUUCAUGUAGGGGAGAAAAGAGGACAACUCCCCCCCAAAAAUAAAAAAAUCUAAACUAUUAAUCUCCAAAACAAUUUUACGAAACACUAAGAAUACGUUAUGAAAGUCACAUGCACAUUUUUGAUAAAGUGAGUUUAAAAAAUGUGAAGAUAUAUCUUUUUUUGUUAAAAAAAAAAAUUGAGGACAAGGGACAGUAGGGGCCUAUACCUUUUAAUUUUACAAUUUAGUUUGUCUCUUACAUUUUCAUAUUUAUUCUUAGAUGAAGCUCUAGAAAUUUUUAUACUGAAUGGAAACAAAUCAAUAUUCUUACUUUUUGGGGUUGUUGAUUUUCAAAACACCCACACUGUCCCUUGGGAAACUAUUAAUUAAUUUGUAUAAAUCACUGAUUUUACAUGGCACAGACAUCUGGCAUGGGUAUGUGUGCAUGUUGUUUGGAAAGCUUACUGUCUUUACUAAAGUAAAGUGUACUUUUCACAUUGAUUUGUGGAAGUUUUGAACAGAAGUAUGAUUAAAAUUUUUAUCAUUUUGAUGUGUUUACUUUAAGCUUUCAAAUGUAUGGUUUUCGAAGCAAUAUGCUGUGUUUCUUCCGAAGCUGAUAGAGCUUUCAUUUACUCCGUGAUUUAUUUUUGUCUGAAAAAAAGAAAAUCGCUCUCUUGUUUCAGUGUGAAAAAUAUCUCUUUCCAAGGUUUGAUGAACCUAGGUGGUAUUUCAUUUAUACACCUGGGAAUUUUGUUUGGACUUUAAUUUUAUCCAAACAGGUUCUUGUAAAGUUUUUGUCCUUGUUGUGUGCAUCAUGCUUGCAAACUGGUGAUUUCCCCCCCCCACCAAUUGUGAAGUGAAUUGUAAGUAGGUUUCUUGUGAUUGAAUCAUUUCAAGAUUACAAGGCAUGUUUAUAAAGAAGACAUUUACAAUAUGAGUUUUCUUUUUGUUUGUGUCUUAUCUGGGUUGUCAUGUUCUUUUUUCUUUCUUUCCGGAACGUUUACAUUUUGCUUUCGCCCUUGAGGUAUUGAGUGUCAGUUUAACCUUUUCGUAAUGCCAAAAUUAAAUAAGCCAGAGAGGUGAGCAGAGUAAGUCUGAUUCCUUGUAAAGACCUCUCUGUUGACACCCACCCCUUGGCGCUCAUAUGACCGUAUGCAGUUGCGAGCGCCAUAAAACCCUCUACUAAGAAGAAGAAAAUGAAAUAUCACGCUUGUUUGACAAAAAACCCAGCUGUGAAACAAUAACAAAAUCAAAUCCAAAUGAAGUUCUUAUAGCCGUGACAGCUUCAUUGUAACAUCUGUUGAAAUUGGUAUAAAAUUCAUUUUCUGCGCUUGGUGUGCUAUCAUCACAUCGCGUGAACCUGAACUGUUUGCAUUACCCAUUUCAUCUUGACAUCUGUGUGAUUAGUGAGCAUGUGGCUUUUGAAACGAAAUGAUACCCACCUUGCUUACAUUGGUUCAUCUAAAAAAGGGGAUUCCCUUCUACCUUUCUAUCACUUUUCUUUCUCUCUUUUCCUAUCAUCAUUGUAAUGUAAUGCUGUGAGCAGAUGUUGGACUUUCCUAUGCAAGAAAAACAAACAUGAUGGUAAAUGUUGACCUUUGAUAUCAUAUGUACAUACCUGUUACCUUGGUUUCUGUUGGUUCUGAGCCUGUGAACUUACCUACUAAAUUUUACUUCUUUGUUGAAAUUGUUUGAACUCAUUUGUACAUAGUUCAUAAAGGUAGCAUUCUCUUCAUGUAGGUUUCCUCUGUCAUACCUGUUUCUUUUUGCCCCAUCAGUUUGUCAAGCAUUACACUCUAUUUACUUAAUGUUACUUUUACACUUACUCAAUGUGUAGUGUUGGAGUUGUUCUGGUAACCUAUUUCUCACCUUUAUAACGACUGACUAAAUGGACAUUUUUUUCAUUCUCAGACUUGUUUAAUUGUGGUCAGCCUCGUAUGAAUAUCCUGUGAAUUUUGGUAGAUUAUGUGAUUUAUACAAUGUCCCAGAGAUGAAGGUUGAGUUUGAAGAUGGUACUCCUCCUUGCUCUCAGCACAUGCUGUUCCACCACUGAUACUCCUAGGCUCGUUUUCAUAGUUAAUAGGCUUAGAAUAGUGGGGAUCUUUCUUUUCAAGUUUUUUUUUAUAGGAGAGCAAGAACUCUAUAAUUGUAACAGUGAAGUCUUCACAUCAUCUUCACAAUUAUGUUUUUUUUUUCCCAUUUAACUACUAUUAUGAAAUUGCAACUAAGAGAUAUUUGUGAAGUUUGACAAGCUUGUCCAGAGCAUAGUGGCAGAACAUGCUGACUGUCCACAAUGCUUUGAGAAUGGCGAGGUUCUUUCUCAUGGGUUUGAGCUUGAACCCGCCUGGCCAGAAUCUCCUGUGAAUUUUUUUUUUCUUUUUUUUUUGGUUUAAAAAAAAUUAUUGUAAUUCUUCAUUGGCUUUAUUCCUGCCAAAGGUACAGAAUUCGGUAGAGACUUGACCGAUCGUUUCUGUGCUCUAGUAAUCUCCCUUGUGCAUUUUGUGAAGGCUUGUUCUCCAUGUGACAGGCAGUCUGUCAGUGCACAUACGGGACGUACAACCCAGACAUUGAAAGAGCUGAGCAGAUUCUCACUGUUUGUCAAUCGGCUCACCUUGUGAUCUUACCACCUGGGGAGAAGAUUGUUUAUACAAAAAGUGCUCCGGAGAACACUUUCUUGUUUUGUUGUUUGGGUUGGAUUUGCAUGGAGCGUGCAUAUGUGCUUUACUUGUGGCACGUCAUGGCUGGGCUUGCUUCAGUUUCCCAAGUGAUGGGUAUAGUGACUAAUAAUUAGAUGCUAGAAAGGCAGCAUAAUGUUCAUGGGGUUUUAUGCCAUCUGUGUAAGCUACUAUAACAUAUAAUGCACAUAUGGUUGUUUAAUUUUGGUUGUUUAUUUCUGCUUCGUCCCUUAAUGUAAAAAUAUAAUUGACUGAAUAUGUACCUUCUCACCUGUUGGUUUCAUUAGAUGUGUUUUGUCUGUUGCUCAUGCUACACAUGUUUGGACACUUUCUUGUAGGUCCAUCUGUAUUUCUUGCACAGUGAUUUAACUCAUGUAGGACUGUAGUCCAGAUUUGGAAUGUGAUGAAAGCUGUGUAUCUUUACAGUUCUUUGUGUACUGAACUUUUAUACUUUCAACAGCAUUAAAAGAAAAUGUUAAGUGCGGGGGGAAAAAGUGGCUUUAAAUAGUUGCAGAAAAUUGGUGAAAGUAAGAUGUUUUGGGACAAUUACUGGAGUCGGUCAGGGGGUUAUUGCACUUGAGUGGCAGUAAUUGAGAUUCCACCUUCCUUUCCCUAUAGCUGUCUCAUUUCAUGAGAUUGUUACUGUAACAGGUAACUUCUGUACAAUGUGUGGUGGUAUAGUCUCUGAAGCUUUGUUGUAGUAGUCCUUGUAAUGUGUGAAACCUGUAGGUAGGAGAGCUUUCCUUGUACAAGAUUGUUGGUGGUUACUACAAGGGCUCUGCUUGUUAAGUAUUGAAAGCCUGACCCAUGCAGACUACAUAGUGGUACAGAAAUCUGCUGUACAGCUGUGAUGAAUGUUACUCCAUGUUUUGUUUUUUUUGGUUCCCAGGAACACAUAACUUACAAUGAUGUACAUGUAUCCAUAUUUUGUGUGGUUGUACAGGCUGUAGUGUAGGAUUUUCCCGACUGGCGGCUUGGACAUGUUUUUUUUUUUUCUUCUUCUUUUUGUUUGUCUCCAUUGGUAGUUGAGAGCUGUUCCCUCUGUAAUUUUUUUGCUCUCUACCUUUGUCAACAUACACUUUACACAUGCUCAUGAAUUGUACAUACCCUUUAUGAUGAUGAUGAUGUGUUAGCAUAAUGUGUUCUGGUAAUCUCUCGUUCAGUCCUGCAGGCAUGGCCUAUUGGUUCAGAAAAGACCCCCUCCUCUCUCAACUCCCCCCUCGUCUACUCUUUCCCCCCGUUUUAUGUGUCCGUGCGUUUGUCUGCACCACUGCCAUGACGGUUAUACUUUAUUGUGAUUAACAUACAAUGAUGAUUGUAAGUAAAUCUUGAUACCUUCAAAAA